AUGUUGGUCCACCAAUGUCUCAAACUUACAUUGGUCCUCUUGCUAAGUUUCUUGGCUACAACAGCAGAGGCCAAGAGGAAACUAUCUGCUACAUCAUUAGUCACAUGUAUGCAAAACUCACAGAUUACGCCCAUCAACUUCAAUGUCACUUUUAACCCAGAUGACCGGUCAUUACGGUACACCUUGGACUUGACCACGGAGAUAAGCGCAAAAGUUAUGGCCCAUGUGCAAGUCUACGCUUAUGGCUUCUUGAUCAUUGAGAAAGAUGUCGACAUGUGCUCCAUUGGAUGGAAGCAGUUUUGCCCCAUCUACCCUGGCUCUUUACAAGUCGACUCUGUAGAAUACAUCAGUUCUGAAUAUACAAGUCAAAUACCUGGAAUAGCUUACCAGGUGCCCGAUAUUGAUGCCGUCGUAAAGGUGAUUGUUAAGGACCAACUGACGGGCGAACAAUUAUCAUGUCUCCAGUCCAACUUUUCAAAUGGUAAAACCAUAAGUCAAACCGGUGUAAAGUGGGCAACUGCAGUCAUUGCAGGGUUGGGUUUACUCAUUGCUGCAAUCUUAUCAACGUUUGGUAAUUCAAACGCAGCAUCCCACAUUGCCGCCAAUGCCGUGUCACUCUUUCUUUAUUUCCAAAGCGUUGUCCUUGUCUCAAUGCAAGCCGUCGAAAGAGUACCACCCAUUGCAAGCGCCUGGUCAGAAAACUUGGCAUGGUCCAUGGGCUUGAUCAGAAUCAAAUUUAUGCAAGAUAUUUUUAGAUGGUAUGUUCAACUGACUGGCGGAACACCAACAACAUAUUUUUUGGGAGUAACCCAACAAAUUAUUGUGCAAAAGAAGAAAAAGAGGUCUUUGGAAUACGUUUAUGGAUUGGGCAAGAGAGCAUUGGAUUACGCCUUAAGUUCAAACACAAACUUGAUCAUUUUAAGAGGUAUCAAAAGAAUCGGAUACAACUCACAUAUUGAACCAACAUCCAUUGUCGCAACGGGUUUUACGUGGACAGUACUUAUUGGGUACUUGCUAGUUGUCAUAUUGGUAUUGCUCAAGUCCAUUGUGGUACUACUCACAAGAGCAAACAAAUUAAACCCAAGAAGAUUCACCAUCUUUAGAGGAAGCUUCCACAAUGUCGUUAAGGGUGCAUUAUUGAGGUACAUCUACAUUGCAUCUACACAAUUGGUUUUGUUCUCCCUAUGGGAAUUUACACAAGUUGACUCUGCGGCAAUGGUUGUGCUUGCUGUGUUGUUCAUCAUUUUGCUUUUGAUAGUUAUCGGAUGGUCAUUUGUUAAUGUAUUGAAAAUUGGUAAGCAAUCUAAGAGAGAGUAUAAUAACGCAGCUGCUCGUCUUUAUGGCGAUAACAAGGUGUUAGAGAAGUGGGGCUUUUGCUACACAAUGUUCCACGCAGACAAGUAUUGGUUUGGACCAGUAUUGAUGGGAUACAACAUUUUCAAAGUCAUAUUUAUUGCGUUUUGCCAAUCUGGUGUGGGUGGAAAAGUCUCGGUACUACCAGUGUUUAUUGCUGACUUGUUUUACACCAUUUUCCUUAUUUGGCAAGCACCAUACUUGAACAAACCGACGAAUAUAAUCAACUACAUGAUGAGCAUAGUCUCAACAAUAAACUCGUUUUUGUUUUUGUUCUUUUCAGACUUGUUUGGCCAACCUGCACAGGUUGGAUCCAUUAUGGGAUGGAUAUUCUUUAUUCUCAAUGCCGCAUUUGCCUUGAUCUUGCUUAUCAUAAUUGUGGUGCUUAUGCUCUUCUCAAUGUUUUCUAAGAACCCCGAUGCUAGAUUUGCACCUGCCAAGGAUGAUAGGUUUUCAUUUCAAAGAAAAUCUUCAGUUAAACGUCAAAACAGAGUUUUAUCGGGAAUUGUUGGCGCUAAAGGAAACGAGAAAGAUGAAGGCGAGUUGGCUGCAUUGGGUAUUGCUGCACAAGACCACACACAAGAUUGGGAGUCUCAAAUGUACAAACUAAACAAUCUAUCGAAUGAAGAAGAAGCCGGGUCAAGCGUAUAUACAAUGCCAGACCACAUCACACCAAGCCGAGGAAAUAUCCACCAAGAUGAGAUCGUGGAAUCCUCGUCUAUCUCCUCUUUGAAUGAGAAACAAAGAUUAGAACAAGACCAAUUUGAACAACAACAACAACAACAACAAAGACAAAACAACAACAAUCAGUCACUUGGAUCAAAGUUGAAAACAGCAAUCAAUAGAACAUUAUCAAAAAGGAGUCCUCAAAAGUCUAAAACUGGACAGCCACCAAAAGAACAAUAUCAACAACAGCUGAUGCAGGGCCAGCAACACCGAGAGCCAAAACAAACAACAAGGGUCAGUGACACAUUGAUGAACACUUCCUACGACGACGAUGAUCACGAUAUCGAUUCCGAAAAGCAAGAAUUAACCCCAUUGAGUAACCCAUAUUUGAGACAAACGCAAAGAGAAUAUGACCUGGCAAACAGUGUGGAUGGAAUCGCACACAGAAGGAACCAGAGCAAUUUGUCACAGAUAAAUUCAAGUGAUCCUACAAAGACAAACAAUGUUUUGUGA